AUGGCUCUUCCUAAGAUCGGAGCUGCGGUGGCCCUGGAUUGCAUCAUUGCGCCAGUCAAAUACUUACUUUUGUGUCUGCAGGUUGGUAUCAACGGCUUCGGUCGUAUUGGAAGAAUUGUCUUCCGUAACGCCAUCGAGCACGGUGAGGUCGAGGUUGUUGCUGUCAACGACCCCUUCAUUGAGGUCCACUAUGCUGCCUACAUGCUCAAGUAUGACACCACCCACGGCCAGUUCAAGGGUACCAUCGAGACCUACGACCAGGGUCUGAUUGUCAACGGCCAGAAGGUCCGCUUCUAUACCGAGCGUGACCCCGCUGCCAUCCCCUGGAACGAGACCGGUGCUACCUACGUCGUCGAGUCCACUGGUGUCUUCACCACCAAGGAGAAGGCCUCCGCCCACUUGAAGGGUGGUGCCAAGAAGGUCGUCAUCUCGGCUCCUUCCGCCGAUGCCCCCAUGUUCGUCAUGGGUGUCAACCACACCAGCUACACCCCCGACGUCGAUGUCCUCUCUAACGCCUCUUGCACCACCAACUGCCUGGCUCCCCUGGCUAAGGUUGUCAACGACAAGUUCGGUAUCGUUGAGGGUCUCAUGACCACCGUCCACUCCUACACCGCCACCCAGAAGGUUGUCGAUGCCCCCUCCAACAAGGACUGGAGAGGUGGCCGUACCGCUGCCCAGAACAUCAUCCCCAGCUCCACCGGUGCCGCCAAGGCCGUCGGCAAGGUCAUUCCUGCCCUCAACGGCAAGCUGACCGGCAUGUCCAUGCGUGUUCCUACCUCCAACGUUUCCGUUGUCGAUCUUACCUGCCGUCUCGAGAAGGGCGCUUCCUACGAUGAGAUCAAGCAGGCCAUGAAGGAGGCCUCCGAGGGCGAGCUCAAGGGCAUUCUCGGCUACACUGAGGACGCCAUCGUCUCCUCCGAUGUCAACGGUGAUGAGCGCUCUUCCGUCUUCGAUGCCGCCGCUGGUAUCUCCCUGAACCCCAACUUCGUCAAGCUCGUUUCCUGGUACGACAACGAGUGGGGCUACUCCCGCCGUGUUGUUGACCUGAUCGCCUACGUUGCCAAGGUCGAUUCCCAGUAG